AUGAUUUCCAACAUAUUAAAAAAAAGCAAUAGUCUUUUUUUAAGAAGCACUUUAUCUUCAAAUAAAUUUACAAAUGUUACAAUUUUAAGAAAUUCAUUAUUUUUAAAUAAUAAUAAUAAUGAUAAUAAUACAAAUAUUAAACAAACAUAUAAUAAAAUAAAUUUCUUUUCAACUACAGUACCAAAUCAAAAUGAAAAAAUAGAAUUAAAACAAGAACAAAUAAAACAAGAACAACAACAACAACCAGAACAACAACCAGAACAACAAACUAAUAAAAUAAAUAAUGAAAUUGAAUUAAAAAUUAAAAUUUUAGAAAAUUCAUUAAAAUAUGUAAAUUCAUAUGGAUGGACAUCAGAAGCAGUUAGUAAAGCAUGUAUUGAAAUGGGAUAUCCACCAAUUACUCAAGGUAUUUUGGGUGAAGAUUCAGCAUAUGAAUUGGCAUUAUACUUUGUUACUAAAUGUAAUACAGAUUUAAUGAUUAAAUUAAGUGAUGCUGAAAAUAGUGAACAACAAUUAUUAUCAGGUUUAUCAAAAAAAGAAAAAGUGAAAUUAGCUUUGAAAUUAAGAUUAUCAAUGAUCAAACCUUUUAUUGGAAGAUGGUCUGAAGCAAUGCAACUUUUAGCAAAUCCAAAAAAUAUCGUAAAUAGUUCUCCUUCAAUGUUAACUUUAGUUGAUAAUAUUUGGUAUUUAGUUGGUGAUAAAUCUUCUGAUUUUGAUUGGUAUGCCAAACGUGGACUUUUAAUUGCAUUAUACACUUCAGCAGAAUUAUUUAUGUUAUCAGAUACAUCAGUUGAUCAUUCCAACACUUGGAGAUUCGUAGAUGAUCGUGUUGAUGAUCUAAUUAAAACUAUUAAAUUCAAGAACGAUAUUGAAGAAACUGUUGGAAUUACAUUAAACACAUUUCUUCAAAAAAUUAAAAAAUAA